CCCCGCUCCCGCUCCGCCACAGCAGCGGGGGUGCGGGCACGGAGAGCCCCAUUUCGGAGACGGUGGUCAGGGGAAAGGCUGCAGAGCCUCCAGACCAACACUUUGGAAGGACACGGGAAGAAAACCUCCCUCUGGCGGGACUCGGCCGGGCUCUGAAGAGGGGGCUGCUUCAGGGACCUCAUUUUUGUCCUCUUUUCCUCCCUCCCCACGGACCUCCGGAGAAAUCGCCACCGAUGCCCCAUCCUCCUGGGGGUGCGGGGGUUUGGAGCAGAAUUUACCCCUCCCUCUGAUAGACCUUUUUUUUUUAUUAUUUGAAAUAUUUCGAUUCUUCCCGGGAAGCCAACCGCCGAUGCUGACCGAGCUCGUUCUUUAAUGAUGCAACGGAUGCCUUUGAGGAUUGUGUUGCAUGAGUUGAAUUUUGAAUGAAGGAGAGAGCUUUUGCCACAUCGUGUCGAUCCUUGGGUUGAACUCGUUGAUAAUGAUGAUUAUUUAAAUAUCACCGGUCGGUGUUUUUCUUUUCCUUUUAAAAGGCCUCGGAGUCUCUUUUUAGGGGGGACUUUUCCCUCCUCCCUCCCCCAAACUGGAUGUGUCUUGUGUGAAAAAUCGAAGAGGAUUCAGUUCUUCAAACGAGGGUGUUAACCCGGCCCCGCAUCGCUAGGUGUUUCAGUCGUUCCAUGGUUUCUUUUUUUUAAACCGUCCACCUAAAAGUUAGGUUCAGGUAGGAAUUAUAAUUAAAACAGUUAAUAAUAACCGAAAGAGAACCCCCACCGAAACAGUCAUGUCUGGAGAGGUGCGUUUGAGGCAGCUGGAGCAGUUUAUUUUGGAUGGGCCGGCACAGACUAAUGGGCAGUGCUUCAGUGUGGAGACAUUGCUGGAUAUUCUCAUCUGCCUUUACGAUGAAUGUAAUAAUUCCCCAUUGAGGAGAGAGAAGAAUAUCGUCGAGUACCUAGAAUGGGCUAAACCAUUUACUUCCAAAGUGAAACAGAUGAGACUACAUAAAGAAGACUUCGAAAUAUUAAAAGUCAUUGGUCGAGGAGCUUUUGGGGAGGUUGCUGUGGUAAAACUGAAAAAUGCAGACAAGGUAUUUGCCAUGAAAAUACUCAACAAGUGGGAGAUGCUGAAGAGAGCAGAGACAGCUUGUUUUCGAGAAGAGCGGGAUGUUCUGGUGAAUGGCGAUAACAAGUGGAUCACAACAUUGCAUUAUGCCUUCCAGGAUGACAAUUACUUAUACCUGGUUAUGGAUUACUAUGUUGGUGGAGAUUUGCUUACACUGCUCAGCAAGUUUGAAGACAGGUUACCUGAGGACAUGGCUCGCUUUUACUUGGCAGAGAUGGUGAUAGCAAUUGAUUCGGUUCAUCAGCUUCAUUAUGUCCACAGGGAUAUUAAGCCUGAUAACAUCCUAAUGGAUAUGAAUGGGCACAUCCGGUUAGCAGAUUUUGGUUCCUGUCUGAAACUGAUGGAAGAUGGAACGGUCCAGUCUUCAGUGGCGGUUGGAACUCCAGAUUACAUAUCCCCUGAAAUCUUGCAGGCCAUGGAAGAUGGGAAAGGAAAGUACGGACCCGAGUGUGACUGGUGGUCCUUGGGCGUCUGCAUGUAUGAAAUGCUCUAUGGAGAGACACCGUUUUAUGCAGAAUCUCUGGUGGAGACAUAUGGAAAGAUCAUGAACCACAAAGAGAGGUUUCAGUUUCCGGCUCAAGUGACAGACGUAUCUGAGAGUGCAAAGGACCUCGUUCGCAGACUCAUUUGCAGCAGAGAACAUCGACUUGGGCAAAAUGGGAUUGAAGACUUUAAGAAUCACCCAUUUUUCCUCGGCAUUGAUUGGGAUAACAUUCGGAACUGUGAAGCACCUUAUAUCCCAGAAGUCAGCAGUCCUACGGACACAUCAAACUUUGAUGUGGAUGAUGAUUGUUUAAAGAAUUCUGAGACAAUGCCCCCACCAACCCACACUGCGUUUUCCGGUCACCAUCUGCCAUUUGUUGGUUUUACAUACACUAGUAGCUGUGUUCUUUCGGACCGGAGUUGUUUAAGAGUGACAGCUGGGCCCCCCUCAAUGGACCUUGAUGUUACUGUUCAGAGGACUCUGGAGGACAGCUUAGCAACUGAAGCCUAUGAAAGAAGAAUAAGACGCCUUGAACAAGAGAAACUUGAACUCAGCAGAAAGCUUCAGGAGUCCACACAGACAGUCCAGGCUCUUCAGUACUCAACUGUGGAUGGCCCAUUAACCGCAAGCAAAGAUCUAGAGAUAAAAACCUUAAAAGAAGAAAUUGAAAAAUUGAAGAAGCAAGUAACAGAUUCUGGACACCUGGAACAACAGCUUGAGGAAGCUAGUUCUGCAAGGCGUGAGCUAGAUGAAGCUUCUAGACAAAUCAAGGCCUGUGAGAAACAAAUCAAAGCACUAAAGCAAGAAAGGGAGGACCUUAAUAAGGAGCUAGUUGAGUCUAGUGAGCGAUUAAAAUCCCAAACCAAAGAACUGAAAGACGCACACAGCCAGCGGAAACUGGCAAUGCAAGAGUUCUCGGAGAUGAACGAGCGGCUAACAGAUUUGCACUCCCAAAAACAAAAACUUGCUCGCCAAGUUCGAGAUAAGGAGGAAGAGAUGGAGGUGGUGAUACAAAAGGUUGAAAGCUUAAGGCAAGAACUGCGCAAAACAGAAAGAGCCAAAAAAGAGCUGGAAGUCCAUGCAGAAGCUGCAGCUGCAGAGGCAUCCAAGGACCGGAAAUUGCGGGAACGGAGUGAACAGUACUCUAAACAGCUGGAAAAUGAAUUGGAAGGACUGAAGCAAAAACAAAUUGUUCGCUCACCAGGGGUAAGCAGUACAGAACACCAGCAAGAGAUCACCAAACUAAAAGCUGACUUAGAAAAGAAAAGUGUAUUUUAUGAAGAUGAAUUGUCCAAAAGGGAAACGAUACACGCUAAUGAAGUUAAGAACCUGAAGAAAGAGUUGCGUGAUGCAGAAGGCCAACAGCUUGCUCUCAAAAAAGAAAUUAUGAUUUUGAAAGACAAGUUAGAAAAGACAAGGAGAGAGAGCCAAAGUGAAAGAGAGGAAUUUGAAACAGAGUUCAAACAGAAAUAUGAACGGGAGAAAGUCCUGCUGACUGAAGAAAAUAAAAAGCUGUCAAAUGAAGUUGAUAAGCUCACCACCAUGUUUGAGAGGCUGAGUGUGAACAACCGACAGCUGGAAGAAGAGAUGCGAGACCUAGCAGACAAAAAAGAAUCUGUUGCACACUGGGAGGCUCAAAUCACAGAAAUCAUUCAAUGGGUGAGCGAUGAGAAGGAUGCACGAGGGUAUCUUCAAGCCUUAGCUUCUAAAAUGACAGAAGAACUGGAGGUCUUGAGAAAUUCCAGCUUAGGUGCAAGAGCAACAGACAUGCCCUGGAAGAUGCGUCGCUUUGCAAAACUGGAUAUGUCAGCCAGAUUGGAACUGCAGUCUGCUCUAGAUGCAGAAAUCAGAGCCAAACAAGUCAUCCAAGAAGAGCUGAAUAAAGUUAAAGCAACCAACAUUUCAACAGAAUGUAAAUUGCAAGAGGCGGAAAAGAAGAACUUGGAACUGCUAUCAGAAAUUGAAAAACUGAAAAAGGAGACUGAAGAGCUUAGAUCAGAAAAGGGUGUAAAGCACCAAGACUCACAGAAUUCUUUCUUGGCAUUUUUGAAUGCGCCUACCUCUGCUCUGGAUCAAUUUGAAGAUUCCUUUUCUUCUUCCUCAUCUUCACUGAUUGAUUUUUUGGAUGACCGCUCUCCGUCCUGUAUUCCAGCUAGCAAAGGCAGACGUAUUGAUUCGGUUGAGAACUUUACGUUAUCCAAUACUCCUUCAAGGGAUGAGGUCAAGUCUCACCUUCAUUCAAGGUCCAGAUCUCCUUCCACAGCUAGUGACAUUGAACCAGUUGAGGUUAUCGAACAUCCCCCACGUUCAGUUCACACGCCAACCAUGAGAUCAGCAUAUAUUGGUUCAGGCCUCUCUGCACCAAAGCCAAAGGCCCACCAGUUUGUAGUAAAAUCCUUUAACACUCCUACCAAAUGUAAUCAGUGCACCUCUUUGAUGGUUGGCUUGAUAAGACAGGGCUGUAUUUGUGAAGUGUGCGGAUUCUCCUGUCAUGUGACCUGUGCAGACAAAGCUCCAGCAGUUUGUCCGAUACCUCCUGAGCAGACUAAAGGACCCCUGGGGAUAGAUCCACAAAAAGGCAUAGGAACCGCUUAUGAAGGUCACGUUAGGGUCCCUAAACCUGCUGGUGUAAAGAAGGGUUGGCAGAGAGCACUGGCUGUAGUUUGUGAUUUCAAACUCUUCUUGUAUGACAUAGCCGAAGGAAAAGCAUCCCAACCGAGUGUGAUAGUGAGUCAGGUGAUUGACAUGAGGGAUGAAGAGUUUUCGGUGAGUUCUGUCUUGGCUUCUGAUGUUAUCCAUGCAAGCCGAAAAGAUAUACCCUGUAUCUUUAGAGUCACAGCUUCUCAGCUCUCUGCAUCUAGUAACAAGUGUUCCAUCCUGAUCUUGGCAGACAGUGAGAAUGAGAAGAGCAAGUGGGUAGGGGUGCUGAAUGAAUUGCACAGGAUUUUGAAGAAGAACAAACUCAAGGACCGCUCUGUGUACAUUCCCAAAGAGGCUUAUGACAGCACUCUGCCCCUCAUUAAAACAACCCAGGCAGCGGCAAUCGUAGAUCAUGAAAGGAUAGCUCUGGGAAACGAAGAAGGGUUGUUUGUUGUACAUGUCACCAAAGAUGAGAUUAUUCGUGUGGGUGACAAUAAGAAGGUUCAUCAGAUUGAGCUCAUCCCAGCUGAACAACUAAUUGCUGUGAUCUCGGGACGCAACCGCCAUGUGCGACUCUUCCCCACAUCUGCUCUGGAUGGCCGAGAGACUGAAUUUUUUAAACUGGCAGAGACGAAAGGCUGCCAGACCAUCGCCUCUGGACAGGUGCGCCACGGAACGCUGACGUGCCUGUGCGUGGCCAUGAAACGGCAGGUCCUCUGUUAUGAACUGAAUCAGAGCAAGACCCGACACAAAAAGAUCAAGGAGAUCCAAGUCCUGGGGAAUGUCCAGUGGAUGUCGAUCUUCAGCGAGAGGCUCUGUGUCGGUUUCCAGUCGGGAUUCCUGAGAUACCCUUUGCAUGGAGAAGGAAACCCAUACAGCUUGCUCCAUCCAGAUGACCACACACUAGCCUUUAUUGCACAACAGCCAACUGAUGCCAUCUGCGCAGUCGAGAUCUCCAAUAAAGAAUAUCUGCUGUGUUUUAGCAGCGUUGGAGUCUAUAUCGACAGUCAAGGCCGAAGGUCUAGGCAGCAAGAACUGAUGUGGCCGACAACUCCUUCCUCGUGCUGUUACAAUGCACCAUACCUUUCAGUAUACAGCGAAAAUGCUGUUGAUGUCUUUGAUGUGAAUUCCAUGGAAUGGAUUCAGACUGUCCCCCUCAAGAAGGUUCGACCCUUGAAUACAGAAGGAUCACUAAAUCUUUUGGGUCUGGAGACAAUUAGAUUAAUAUAUUUCAAAAAUAAGAUGGCAGAGGGGGAUGAACUAGUGGUUCCUGAAACAUCAGAUAACAGCCGGAAACAAAUGGUGCGAAGCAUCAACAACAAGCGGCGUUAUUCCUUCAGGGUCCCAGAAGAGGAAAGGAUGCAGCAGAGGAGGGAGAUGCUUCGAGAUCCCGAAAUGAGAAAUAAAUUAAUUUCUAACCCAACUAAUUUUAACCACAUAGCACACAUGGGUCCAGGAGACGGAAUCCAGAUCCUAAAAGACCUACCCAUGCCGGCUUUCCCUUACCCAUCCCCUCAUCAUCACUCCAGUCUGAUCUCCUCUCCGAUCAACUUUGAGCACAUCUAUCACAUGACUGUUAAUUCUGCUGAAAAAUUCCUCUCUCCUGAUUCCAUAAAUCCUGAAUAUUCCCCAUCUCUACGCUCUGUCCCUGGUACACCAAGCUUUUUGACUCUAAGGAAUCUUCGGCCUCAGGAAAGCCGGACCAUGUUCAGUGGCUCUGUUAGUAUUCCAUCCAUGACUAAAUCCCGCCCGGAGCCAGGACGUUCCAUGAGUGCUAGCAGUGGGCUGGCAGCAAGGUCCUCGGCGCAGAACGGCAGUGCGUUACGGCGGGAACUCUCUGGGGGAAGCUAUGGGUCAAAGCGACAGCCUAUGACCUCCCCGUCCGACGGCUCAUUGUCCUCCGGAGGCCUGGACCAAGGAAGUGACGUUCCAGCAAGGGACUAUGAGCGGGAGGACUCUGACUCUCCUCGGCAUUCUACAGCGUCUAACAGUUCCAACCUGAGCAGCCCUCCCAGCCCCGUUUCACCUCACAAGACCAAGAGCCUCUCUUUGGAGAGCACUGACCACGUGAGUUGGGACACAUGAACUGCUGCUGCUUCAGUAUUCAGACCAGUCAUCCAGCGGCUUUUGCUCCCAUCCCCUCACCCUGUCCUCGCGCUUUCACCGUUCCUUCCCCUCGCGCCCCCACCCCACCCACCCCCCAACCUCUCCCCGAAACCGGUCUGGGGGCCGGCAGCUGGGGGAGGGUGGCGAUGGGAGGGAGGGAAGGUCUGCCUCAUCCAGGGUAACUCCAAGGCGCGGUGCCUGCAGGUGGAGCAGCAGCCACAGCGGCCAAGGGCCAACUCUGGUCAAGUUGUCGCCGUAGUUUCUGGUAGGGUUGGUUUCUUUUCCCGAGGUUAUAGCUGCUUUCGUUCUUUUAUUAUCCCCGCCACCCCCUCUCCCUUAAAGAAGGUAGUUUAAAUAGACCAGAUCACUAAAAAAGAAAAAAAUCAGAUGGGUUUUGUUUUCACACGAGUUCCAUGAUACCGUAAUCUAGCACAGUAGCCCGCCACCUUGGGGUUCAUGAAAGAGGCACAUAAGCUUCCAUUCAGCCACCUCGAUUGAAUGUUGACCCGAUGGUUGCCGGCUGGUGAAAGCAAUGCAUAUUUUACUACAAUAGUUUAAAUAAAUACACAAAUGGAAGAGGGUAAAUACAUAUGUAUAUAUUAAAAACACAUCAUGUAUUCUGUGAAAGAUGGUUGCCUAUUUAAGAGAGAUCCCUUAAUUUAAAAGAAUGUGUCAGUCCCUUCUGUUUUCACGCGGAAUAAUUUCAAGGCUAGAAAAGCCUCCCAGUACCCUUUUCCAAAGGGCUACCAAAAUAAUUUUCCUUUUCCCAGGCCAUUAGAUGGGAAAUUUAACUUCAUCUUGGUACCAGGAGUUUUCCAGAGCAGAUCUAAAGCCUUAAACUUCAUUUAGACGGUUAGUUUCCCCAUCAGUGGCAAGCUACCACGGAAAUGCCAUCCGGUGCCAUUCUCUCUCCAGCCCUCCAGCCCAGUCCAUCUGAGCUAAAUCCUAGAAUGGGAUUCUCCCGGUUGGUCGGUCCCCAGAGGGAGAGCCUGUCAUUUGUGGAUUGGUUAGGCCUCCCUCUGCUCCAGGAGAUCACUGUGGCCUGGAGCAGAAAACCAAGCAGGCUUGUUUUCUUUGAGCAGGGGAACGGUCUUCCAUGGCUCCUCUGAUUAGUCAGAGAACUCUGUGUGUUCAUUACGGAACAACACAAACCCUACACCGAUUGAAGGGGUGGAGUGCAAGAAGGGGGUGCUUAGAAGAGUUUAGCUUGAGUGGUGUUCGUGCUCAGGGAAGGGGCCAGCCUUGAAUUGCCCUUGCUGACCAGGUUCUCCUCUUCCCUACCCCCUUUGGUUGGGGUGGUUCUGACACUGAUUGCAUUCGAUAUCUUCCUCCUUGAGCCCAGUAUGGAAAUCAGGCUGCAGGGCAGAAAGACCCUUGCCAGGGCUUUUUCUGUUGGGCAGAGACUCACCCAAAGGUGCAGUUCUGCUUUCAGGGCAAGGAGUCUGGAACCAGUAGAGUAGGUGUUGUGGGAGUGAAAGAGUUCGAGCAAAACUCAAUCCCCACCUUCCAGUCCCUUUACAUGGGAGGAAAAGUCCACAGGAUUUUCUCCCCUACCUGGGCCCUCACUAAGCUUACUUCAUGGGAGGUGGGGGGCGGGGGGGGGGAGGAGAGAGAGAGAGAGAGAGGAAGGAAAGGCUUGUUGAAUCCACUGCAUUGUUUUCUCUGGACUUGGUUGUUGAAACGCAAACCGUUAGCUCUCGUUACCCUCAGCCUUUUGGGAGCAGCCCCUAAUUGUCUUCGAGGUCACUUCAAUCCCCUAGGAAAUCUUCUGAAGCAUUGUGGUGGGGAGGAUGUGAGGGGCGGGGGUGAGGGAGAGGCUUGAGGAUCACUCUACAGAGGUUUUUGAAGAAGCAUAGGCUAGGGAAGUAAGAGCAAAAGAAAAUCCAUGCCUUUGCGUUUAAUCAGCCAGUUUCUGGGUGUGUUCCGGUUUGACUGUGGUUUUAUUUUGUGAGGCGCACAACUGCUCUUGAGCACCAGUCACUCCAAAUUAUUUUGCUUUGGGAAAGCUAUAUAAAGUUCCUGCAUUUUGAGUGUCAUGUGGAAAUGCUGUCUGUGCAGUUUGGCUUGUCUGAUUAUCAAGUUGGUACCUUGUGUCACAUCGUUACCAUUUCGGGCAAACAUUUCUAUUCAGAAACUUGGCAACAUUGCAGAUGGGCCAGCCCUGAGCCAGAUAGCCCAGGUCCAUCUCUCAGCGCUGACCAGCUGAGCCAAAGCCCAUUCCCAGCCCCCUGUCCUGUCCGUUGAACUUAGCCUGGCCAGUCCAUAGGCUUCCUCUUCCCCCUUGCUCCCCACUCAUCCCUGGGGCCUCUUCCCAUGUGUGGCCCUCAGCAGGGCGGUUUGAAUUCUCUCCCUAAAUUGUAACCCUGCCAAGCAGCCAAAGAAAAUACAUCUGCUCAAAUGCUAGACUCCACCUGGCCUGAGUACCAUACUCUCUGCCCACCCUGCGUCCAAACAUCGAACCAAAGUUCCCAUCCAGGGUGGAAUUCCAUCUGCCUUAGGCAAGCCCAUCCCCCUCCACGGGGUCUCGGGUCCAUUUUUGGAUGGAGGUAGACUGGGCGUUAUCGGGCCGGGCGUCCCUCACACGUUUCAUUCCGGAAGCACUCGGUCCCUUUCUUUCCCAGGUCAUUCCAUUGACGGUUUUCACGCCGGCAUUGUGCCUGGGGGCAGGUCCCCCAAAUGAUGGGCAGCAGCGUCUCGGCCGGUGCCCGGAGGUACCCCGCAAACUGCUCCGAGCAGGAAGGGACCAAGGCGACUACUCACUCACCGAGAAAGGCGCUCUUGCCUCUUUCACUGUGGCUGAUGCGCUAGUUCUCGGUUUUAGUGAACGGAGCCCGGGAUACAGAGAACUGAUUUUCGAUCUCGAUGGGGACCAAGAGGGCUUUGCCUGUUAUCUCCAAGGAAGCAGGCUUGUGCAUUUGGGUAUUUGGUGCUGUGUGCAGCUGCACAAUUUAUUUAUCCAGCCAGUUUUGCUGUCUCCCCUUGAAUUCUGCCUGACAUGGACACAGGCUCUAGAUGCACGCAGAAGACAUUCAUUUUUCUUUUUUUCCAAAACCACAAACGUUUUCCAUUGACAGAUCAAAUUUUACUAGGGCAAAUUGCAUGUCCUUAAAUGGUUUUGGAGCAUGGUACUUGGGGACAUCAGCUUGGGGGGGGUUGUAGUACAGCGAUGGAGUAGAUUUCCUGGGUCUCUCACUUCAGAAAACAUAUCGUGUCACCCGACAUCCCCUCACCCCAUGGAUUUUUAAAGCCCUGGGUGGAGUGACAGCGUCGUGCUCAGGUUGAUAUCCAGCUGUCUUUCGAAGGCACCCUAUCCCCGCGCGGCGCUGUGUGGAGGAAGAUCUCUGAGUCUAGCACGACAGGGGCGGGAGGUGGUGGGGAACCGGCGACCGCGUUUAGCAGGGAAACAGUGAGUCGGCAGCGGGCAGGGUCCCCCAGUUCCACCAAACACAGAGGGGAACUGGGAUCAGUGACCCGGGCAGUCGUGAAGAAACGGUUAGGGCUGUGAGCUGAAGGGUUCCCUGCAGCAUCCCACCAGGUCCCACCAGGAGUCCUUUGAUUCCAGCCGGUACAGCGGGGACAGACGCUGAGCCGCUCUGGGGGUGGGCAGUGCGUUUGGGGGUUUGUGAUGAGCCACGUUUUGUAGAUGGCAGCAGCUCCUGUACGGAGGAGAACCCAGCCCCUCUCUCACUCCCCCUCAGCCCUGAAUUAGGCAGAAGGCAAAAUCCCCAGUUCAAAACCCCUUUGGAAGCUCUGCUGAUUCACUCAGUCAAGCUCCGUGUCCUCAGUGUGUUCUAGUGUGGGGCAGAGGAGAUUCUGAGGGCCUCCGGUGGGAGGGCUCAUGGCUUCCCAGAGAGUGUUUUGGCCAGAGACUCUGCCUUUCUCAUCCCUGGCGUUUUGCAUGCGGGCUUUUCCCAUGGCUCUUCUCUUUCCACCCACGUUAUCCAUCAAAGCCAACUCUCCAUCGCAUGUAGGAAACGGUGUCAUUCACGGGGAAGAAGCUUGACAACACAAAAGACCGAUAUUGGUAUUUCAGAAACAUAAUUUGACCUGCCUUUUUACGCCUGACAGUUUCAUAUCAUUUAUUUUUAAAAAAAUAUUUUUUAGGGGUUUUUUUCAUUGUAAUAUUAUUGUACAGUUUUGCAUGGCCUAGAUGUAAUCACUCUUCUUUUUUUUUAGAGUAUAAAAGCUGACGUGUGUGUGUGUGUGUGUGCGCGUGGGUGUGUGUGGAGACGGGGGGAAAAGAUAUUGCUUUGGCCUCUUAUCACUCUUUAUUUUAUUUUGUUUGGUUUUAUGCCCUCGAUGUUGUAAGGGACUUUGUAAGAGAUUCUCGGCUACCAAACGAUGAUGUUGAUUCUUUUGCACAGAAAUAUUUAAGGUGGGGCGGCCAGAAAUGUAAUAAAUGGCUGUCCACCAAUAUUUUAUGUUGGUAACACACUUAAUAUUAACCUGACUUUGAUGUAUUGCAAUAAAACAGGGAACUGUUAGAAA